CUGACAAUGGGGACACCCCCAGCUGUACUCCAAACGCCGAUUAGCCUCAUCCUCCUGCUGCUCCAGCAUGUGACUUUCCCUUUGUCUCUCCCUUUCUCUCUCUCUAAAACUAAAACACCUCCUCUCUUUACUACUAGUCUUCUUCACCUGGUUAGUGUAAGGUCCUCGAUCCCAUCCAUGGCGCCUCCAUCUCCAUCUCCAUCUCCCCGAGCUCCGUUCUGGAUCCUCCUAGCAUUUCUCCUCUUCUCCGGCGUAUACUCUCAGAUGGACCAGACCAGCCUCCAGUUCAUCUCCGACGCGCUCGAAUGGCCCGCCACAAUGUCCCUCCACGGCGAUAUCGGCUCCAUCGAAGAAGACCUCGACGGGAUCGAGCGGAGGUCGCUCUACUGGCGCGGCCACUACUACAUUUCCUACGGCGCCCUGUCGGCGAACAGGAUCCCCUGUCCGGCCCGCUCCGGCCGUUCCUACUACACCCACAACUGCUUCCACGCUACCGGCCCAGUUCGCCCCUACAGCCGCGGCUGCUCCGCCAUCACCCGCUGCCGGCGAUAGAUCAUACUCUUCCGUGUAUUUUAUCAACUGAUUUUGUGGAUGUUAUUGUGUUUUUGUGGCGCAGUGUAUUUGUUGGUGAAGUGUUUGAUGAUUUGUUGAGAUCUGUGGUGGGUUUGUGGGUUUAGGGUCUGUGAUUUGGUAUGGAAUGAAGAUUUAUGGAUUAUUAUUAUUAUUAUUAUUAUUAUUAGUGGAGAGAAAUGAAUGUAUUAAUGUUAAUGCUUAA